AUGAACAAACCUGCAUCUCCACCUCCAUCAUAUACUUCCGAAAGUCUUCCAAGCUACUCGGAAAUCUCACCUCUAAUCCCAAGAUCUCGCCAAUACUCCCUAUCAGAUUCCCAAUAUACAACGAACCAAAAGAAAAACAUUGGCCAAAUUCUACUUUCCUACAUUUCCGGCGCAAUAAUUCUCAUCUUCUUCGUUAUUGGCUUUUAUAAUGUUAUUUUGCGGGGUAUACUUGUCGAUGGAGAUGAUCCGGAGAUCCAAGUCGUGAAUUUCAAAGUUGGAAUUAUUGGUGCUGGACCGGCGGGUAUUGCUGCUGCUCAGGGUGUUAGAGAUGUGGUUUCUGCUUUGGGGAGAAAAUUCAAGGAUGGGAAUGUGGAUGUUCAAGUUGAGGUUAUCAUUUUUGAGGAGAAGAGUAGAAUUGGGGGGAGAAUGGUGGUUGAUGGGACGGAUGGUAUGGAUAUUGAGGUGGAAGAUAUAGCUAGCGGGGCAUUUCAUGCGGAUCUAUUCAAUAUUAUCGGUGGAAUGACUGAUCUUGAGAAGAAAGAGGAUUUGAUUGUUGAGAGCGAAGAUGUUGGAAUGGGGAAGGUUGGACAUUUCGAUACAAAUCAUAUCAUCACCGAAACAUAUCGACCUUAUGCUACUACUCCCUGGAGUCACUAUCUUUCUCUCCUUUGGAAAUAUGGCUCUUCCGUUUGGCGUGCUCCUAAGAUUCCAAUCGGCACCAUGAAAUCCUUUAACACUUUCCUUCGCACUAUGAAUAACGAACACAUUUCGAUAUCCUCGGUUAGGGAAAUAAUUUCCAAAAUGUCACAGCAGCAUACAUACCUAUCUUUCAGUAUUCCUGCGACCGAACGACUGAAAAAGAAUGGAAUUGGAAAUAACUACAUAAGAGAUAUAUUAGCACCACAAGUUCGACGACAUACCGGACAAUCAAUUGAACAAUUAAGUGAUUUAGCACUUAGUAUGGCUCUUGAACGAGAAGAGAUGGGUUCUCACAAAGCCGUGAAUAAUGGAAUCUUUCAAAUGAUGAUGGAAAAGUCUUUAAGAAAUAGCAAAGCGACCGUACGCCUUGGAGCAAAGGUCAAACAAGCUAGAUGGGAGGAAGUCACGGAAGAUUAUGAGGCAUGGUUAUUGGAAUUGGAAAACGCUACAAAUAAAGAUGAACCUCCUACUAUCGAAACUCUGGAUAAACUAAUCAUCGCCACGCCAUUGAACUACACGGAACUUUUAGGGCAAUCAAAGGAUCACGAUUCGAUCUUCAAUGUUGAUAUUACUCAAGAUAUUGAAUAUCAACCAGUAUACAUCACAUUCUUCACAACCUCUUCACUCCUUACAUCUACCUCUCUAAAAGAGAAAUCAUCUUCUCCGUUACCCUCUCAACUCCUCCCUAUAAUCGACAAUACUCAACCCCUAACUUCCCCCCACAACACCAUCAUCGAACUCACGUUCCUGCGACCCCUCAACCCCUCUUCAUCUCCUCAUGAUCAAAAUCAACCCCCAACCUCCCUUCCCCCAAAAUACCUCUACAAACUCCUCACUUCUACCCCCCCUAACCCUCACAUCUUUAAUAACUACCCUUGCAAUCCCGGAAAAUAUUAUAGAGAGGGAUUCUUGGAUUCAAUGGGAAAUUUCAUAUGCGUAUCCGCGGAUGUGGCCUUGGUUUGUGGGGGAUGGUAA